AGAAAGAAACGAGACCGGCCGCCAACUUGGAAUGAGACAACGCGACAACGCGACAACGCGACAACGCGACAACGCGACAAAUCAGAGCGAACCAAAUCUAAUCAAAUCAAGUCAGAUUCUAGCAAAUGAUCAAGCACCCUGAUCAGACUGAAACAAAGACAGAUCAAACAGAGACAGAUCAAACAGAGACAGAUCAAAAAAAACCAAACCAUUACAAAUCAAUCAAACUAGAAAAAAAAAAAGAAAAAAAGAAAAAAAAAAGCACAGAGAAAGAGCCCCUCUUGGCCGUCCCAUCUCUGCCCACGGCCCUAGAAUUCCGCGCCCCUCUAACCUCUAAGCCCAUGCCAGCGGCGCCAGCGCCAUCGCUGCCCGCUUCCUCUGCAUCCGGUGAGCCUGCACACAGCGCCCUCGGACAUCGCCCGCGCCAACUCCGGCCGACAUCCAACCGGCCCAUGGCCUGCGCGCCCACUAUAUAGGCAUGGCUCCAGCCGGCCCUUCCCUUCGAGCUUUUUUUUGCUCGCUUUUCCUCACCAAUCUACACACCUCUCCAUGUCUCAAUCCUCCUUGCACUGGUUGACCCAGCUCAACACCACCGAGACCCCCGACAAGUCGUUGCG